GGUUGGCACUGUGCAGCCCUUGUGGAGCGUGGCAGGUGAUGGAGCGGUGUGAAGCCCACCCGGCUCGAGGCCCGGAAGUGGAGGCAGAGGUCUUCAGAGUCGAGUGGGGCUGAGAAUGUUUUGAGGGCGUCUGUGCUGAAGCCGGUUCCUUGGCCGAGGCGGGUGGGGCGCGGGACCGGGAACUCCGGGACUCUGGGCCUCAGACUUUUGCCUUCUCUCUGGCCUUUUUCUUCCUUCCUUUGGGCCUGGCCAGACCCUGUCUGACCUCAGCAGCGUCGCUGACUGAGCAGGGGCGUCCCCUCCUUGGCCCUAGGGCUCUUCAGAGACCUAUUGGGAAGGGAAUCCCGGCAGUACCCAGGAAUUCGGUGGGAAAUACCGUUCUCUUGACUCUCAAGCCCUGCCGGGUCUCCGUAAGGCUCCUCAGGCGCCUCUACUGCUAAGGACUUCCUGGCCCAGCUGCCACAGUCGACAAUUUUAAAGUCGUUACACCUUUGUACUUAAGGUAAUAGAGGACACAUAUCUUAACUGGGCUGCUCUAAGAACUGAUGCCUAAACCAUCUCAGCAUGGCCUGUAGAAGAGGAGGUGGGCACGGCCAGCCUCGCUCAGCUACACUCUCCCAAGUUAGCCCUGGAAGUCUUUACGAAUGUAGAACCCAUACCCAUAAUAUAUGCAUGGUGUCUGACUUUUUCUACCCAAAUAUGGGAGGCGUGGAAAGUCACAUUUACCAGCUCUCUCAGUGCCUGAUUGAAAGAGGGCACAAGGUCAUAAUUGUCACCCAUGCUUAUGGAAAUCGAAAAGGCAUCCGUUACCUCACUAAUGGCCUCAAAGUCUAUUACUUGCCUCUGAAAGUCAUGUACAACCAGUCUACAGCCACGACCCUCUUUCACAGUCUGCCAUUGCUCAGGUACAUAUUUGUUCGGGAGAGAGUCACAAUAAUCCAUUCACAUAGUUCUUUCUCUGCCAUAGCCCAUGAUGCGCUCUUCCACGCCAAGACAAUGGGGCUCCAGACAGUCUUCACGGACCAUUCCCUUUUCGGAUUUGCUGAUGUCAGCUCGGUGCUUACAAACAAGCUUCUAACUGUGUCUCUUUGUGACACAAACCACAUCAUUUGUGUCUCUUUUACUAGUAAGGAAAAUACUGUACUAAGAGCAGCACUGAAUCCUGAAAUAGUGUCCGUCAUUCCUAAUGCUGUAGAUCCUACUGACUUCACUCCAGACCCAUUUAGAAGGCAUGAUAGUAUAAUAACUGUUGUUGUUGUCAGCAGACUUGUUUACAGAAAAGGGACCGAUUUGCUAAGUGGUAUAAUACCUGAACUCUGUCAGAAAUACCCAGAUUUAAAUUUCAUAAUUGGAGGAGAAGGACCAAAGAGAAUCAUUCUAGAAGAAGUACGGGAAAGAUAUCAGCUCCAUGACAGGGUGCGUCUUUUGGGAGCUUUAGAACACAAGGGUGUUAGAAAUGUCUUAGUUCAAGGACAUAUCUUUCUGAAUACCUCCCUUACUGAAGCAUUCUGCAUGGCGAUCGUGGAAGCAGCCAGUUGUGGUUUACAGGUUGUAAGUACCAGGGUUGGUGGAAUUCCUGAGGUGCUUCCAGAAAAUCUCAUUAUUUUAUGUGAGCCUUCAGUAAAAUCUUUGUGUGAAGGACUGGAAAAAGCUAUUCUUCAACUGAAGUCGGGGGCAUUGCCAACUCCAGAACAUAUCCAUAACAUAGUAAAGACUUUCUAUACCUGGAGGAAUGUUGCGGAGAGAACUGAAAAAGUGUAUGAUCGGGUGGCAGGGGAAGCCGUGUUACCGAUGGACAGACGACUGGACAGACUCAUCUCUCACUGCGGCCCAGUAACAGGCUACAUUUUUGCUUUGCUGGCUGUGUUCAACUUUCUCUUCCUCAUUUUCUUGCGAUGGAUAACUCCAGAUUCUGUCAUUGAUAUUGCAAUAGAUGCCACUGGGCCACAGGGUGCCUGGACUCAUCAAUAUCCUCACAGUAAAAAGGAGAGUGAGAAUAAUGAGCUGUCUAAAACCAGGUAGGAGAAAGCCUGGAUUGUAAGAUUUUAAACAUUUAUAUUAGCUCUAUUAAGACUAUUGGAAAUAACCUUGCUUUUUUUGGGUUUUUUGUUUUUUACAGUUUAUUUAGUAAGUUAUGCUACCUCUAUAUCAUUCAAUGUUUUAUUUUGAGGAACGAUAACUUAUGCAAUUCCUGAGUGUAGAAACUCCUUGCACUUAUUUAAAAUUUAGGAGAGAACAUAUAAGCCACUCAGGUAUGAAAUUUUUCAGACUACUGAAAUCCUUCUAGCAGAGAUGUUUUAACAUUAUAUUUUGAGAGCUUUGGGUGCUGAAGGGCCAAACGUUUUCUGGGCAUUUUUUGGCCAGUUUUUAACGUUAUAGCAUUAAUUAGACAUUCACCAGAUGUUUACAAAUUUUCUUUAGGAAAGUACAACAACUAUAUGAACUAGUUUUAAGUCAUGUUCAUAUACAUUUAUUAGACAUUGAAGUCAUGUUCUUAAACAUUGAUCAAGUCCAGUCAAUAAGUGUUACAUGUAAUCAGAUUCCUUGACUAAGAUGAUGUGUUAGUUGCCAGCAUGUUUUGAGUACCCGCUAUGUAUAGAAUGUUGAACUAGGUACUCCCUGCUGUUAAGGCCAGGGGUGCAUUUGCUCUUUGUUUAGCACUCCAGUGACUUCUUCAUUGUAGUCACAGUUGACAUGAAACAAUAAAAUCCCCAACAUGCCAGAAAUGCUCAUGCUAGUUAAUGCCAGGAAGAGAUCACCGGCGUACUCUGAGUGCUUCUUUCAUCCUGUUGUGUGCAUUCUCCUAGGUAGAGCCUUCGUCCUUAGUUGUGUUUAUAAAGGUACUUUUUGCUUUUUAAAUACUAGGGACCGAUAUCACUGUUGAUGAUAGUGCAGAGAAACCCUCCACGUUUUUCAGUGCAUAAUUUAGUCCUCUGUGAAUGCCUUCGUGUUUUCUGAACAGAAUGUACAAGGUGUGCCAUCUCAAAACCAGCUGCUACCCUGUCCUUUUGAUACAAGUCACUACUCUUUACUGUGGCCUAGCUGAUGUCUGAUAAGUAUUGUCAGUGUGCAAAAGGCUUGACUCCAUGAUGUUUUACUUAUAAGAAACAGUCUGGAAAUGAUAGGAACAGGUGUCUUUGUGGGUGGAUGUUAUUAACUGUACUUGUUGUUGCCUAGAGCCAUGGGUUUUUUAACCCCAAAUUUCCACAUGGUGUGUAUUAGUAAUUCUUUGAACUCUAUAGAAUACAUUUUUGUGAGAAAAGGACUGUGAAAUCAAAACAAUGAGGCACUUGUGAGUGCACUAGAUAGAUUCAUCAGUAUUGUGAUUCUGUACAGGACUUUUUUAAAAAUGAAAACAUUCACAAAACUUCUCACAUUUUAAAAAGUAUCUUAACAUGCCUAUUAACUGGUUGCCACUGAUAUUAAAGAAAUAUAUCUGUGUUUUGUUUGUACUAAGUCACAAAUAUAAGAGUGUAAUCUUUAAAAUCUAAGAAGUUGGGGUUUAUUUUGUUAGAGAAAAAUGGACCGACCUAGACCAUUCAGUCUUAUUGGGAUUUUUAUGCUAGAAACUGAGAUAAAAGUAUGAAAUAAACAGUGCCAAUAUUCAUGAUAAAGUGAGCAACUGUAAUAUUUGGUUUUAUUGAUUCUACUCUGCAGUUUUUAAAGAUAUACUACUACUUUUAUGUUUGCUUCUUAAUUUAUUUCAAAAUUGUCAUUUAAGAUGGAAAUAGAAUUUAAAGUAAGUUGUCUUUGCAUGAAAAACAAGUAGUUUGCAAGUUACAAUUAUUUUCUAUUUUUCCCAUUUAAAGAAAGAAAUAAGUUAUUUGUUUUAUAUAAAUCUUAAUUUUCAGGCUUCCUGGAUACCUUAAAUGUAACUGUCAGUGUUGCACUGGGCAGUAUGUGGAAACACAUUGUUCUACCCUGCUACUUACAUUUAUUUGAAAGUGAACUUACAGUGAUGGAAUUUAUGAAAAAUAUAUUGUACUUCUUUUAAUGUUGCAAAGCAUUGCACAUGUAAAACUGACUUGUUAAAACAUGCUACAUGUCCAAAAAUAAAGACCAGAAUGAC